AAGAAGGCAAUAAUUACAGAACUAACAACUGUUUUCUACAGAGUAAACUUCUAAAAUAUACUUACGAGCGAGUAUCGCAGCGACGGCGGUCAACACCUCACCGCCCGGAAUUGCCAACGCGAGUUUUCCAACAUCACCAACCUCCCAUUAGGAGCUCUCAAUCCAUACGAUACGACUUACUGUGCCAGAAACUACACCACCACCUUCGAAAUUACUCAAUAUCCACAAUGAGCGUCCAACUUCCCCCAGCGACACACCGCAAGCGCGUCCUCCCCCAAGGCGAACUCGAAGCAGCAUCGACCCUGAAACUCGGCGCGGACCAGAACACGCAUACCCUCUCGCUAUCGGAGGCGCGACUGGUCAUCAACAAGGUGUUGGAGAAUAAGCGACGAGGGGGGAAGAAAUAUGAGGAGCCGGAGAACCUGACAAAGACAAUGGACUAUCUGGAGGUGUUUGCGCGAUUCAAGGACGAAGAAAAUAUCAAGGCUGUUGAGCGGUUGUUGAAUUCGCAUACGGAGUUGGAGAUGUUUGAGCGGUCUCAGUUGGGGAGUCUGUGCUGCGAUAAUGCAGAGGAGGCCAAGUCGUUAAUCCCGAGUCUGCAGAAUAAGAUCUCCGACGGGGAUUUGCAGGAGCUGUUGGAUGAGUUGACCAAGUUGCGGAACUUCACGGAGUAGAUGGGACUUUGUGGGGUUUGUUUGUGUCAUUAUACAGGGAUAGCAUGGAGUUUUGGCGUUUGUGUUGAUAUCUGAGAUAUGGAUAUGAUAAAUAGUGCAUGAGAUAAGAUGGCUUGAUUGUUUGUUAAUGUUGAUGUUGGUAUAUCUGAUAUCUAUGGUGUGCCAGCGUGUUCUGAUUUGACAACAGCUUUAUGCAUCGUUGAGAUACUGGAUUUGGUUACAUUUCGAUCUGCAUUGGUGCCUAGAGUUAUGGAAUAUCCCAAGUCAAUACUAGACAUGGACCGUAAAUGGCCAAGGAGGCAUUUCUUAGGUUGUAUCUCUCGUGCUCCAUGCUGGAGUACUCGCCCCAUACAUCAUCAUUUCUGGGCACUGGGCACUGGGCACGGGAUAUAUUAACCCGGCUCGUUGUACUCCGUCAGGAUAUGGGG